UUUUCUUUAUUAUUAUAUCUUUUUUCUUGCAAACCUUAAAAAUCAGUAUAAACAUGGUCAGAAGGGUUUAAGACUGAUUUUUGUUUGAGCACAUAGCAGAGAAGGCACUCACAGAAGAAGGAAGAUGAUUAUCCCCGUUCGUUGUUUCACCUGCGGAAAGGUCAUUGGAAACAAAUGGGACACCUAUUUGGACCUUUUGCAGGCAGAUUACAGUGAAGGAGAUGCACUGGAUGCUUUGGGACUGGUUCGAUAUUGUUGUAGGCGCAUGCUUAUGACCCAUGUUGAUCUCAUUGAGAAGUUACUAAAUUACAACUCUCUGGACAAGUCUGAUCCCAGUUAAGAAGACUUGAGGAAUAACGGAUGAACAAGAUGUUUCAGUUGCACUCCAUUCUCUCUGGCCAUGUAUCAAUUUUUUUCCUUUUUUGAAUUCUUUUGCUACAAACCAGUCAUGGUUGUGUUCUUGUUCAGGGUUAUAUGUUCUAUGAUAGGGUGCUACUUAUGUUAAGCACUUGCUUUUAGUCAUUGUAAGGAAAAACUGUAUUUUGAUGUUAAUAGUUCAUACAAUGAUAUGACUGACCAAACUUUAGAAGACUUACUUUUUUAAAAAAAAAAAAAAUCUGAUCAUUGAAGAAUGUCCAAAUGGAUUCCAA